AUGUUGGGCUCAUCUUCAACGUUAAUCAUUCCGUCAAAGCCUAAAAUUCCAGUCGACUAUGAAUUUCAUAAAUCCUUUUAUCAGGCUUUAACUCUUUUUGCUCUUCUGAUAGACAUCCGUGUCCAGACGCCUGAUGUGUUCUUAGCACCAGGAGAAUCGGUACAUGCAGAAUGUAUCGCCUCGAUUGGGCCUGAUGGCACCUUCCAAAAGCGGAUUGAGUGGCGACGAUCUGACGGCACCCAAUUGCCAGACGGUGUCUAUUCGCAACAAAUGCCUGUAGUAGGCACCGGAAAUGACAGUCUACGCCUAGCCGAUAUGGUGGCAUUGGCCAUCCCAGGCGAAAGAAUAGCGUCUGCCCGACUGGUGAUUGAGUCGGCUGAGCUGGGUCAUUCCGGCGAGUACUCCUGUUUCACUGUGCCUACGGUACAGGUUCCGAUGCUCGGUCAACCAAUCACUGAGGAGUUGGUGUCGACACGUGUGCAAGUCAGCGGUAGGCUAUGCUAA